UAAAAGGCAGACACGACAGCUCGCGGUGACAGCCCUGACAGGUCUGACAUUUCCCGUGACGCUGCCUGUCAAACGAAUUAAUUCGCGCUCCCCUUCGUUCCUGCGUAUUUGUUAUCGGCGUUUUAUUACGCGCGAUCGUUAUUCCGGUAGCGGCAGGAAAUAUGAUAAUUACCCGUAUGGUCUAGUUCGCGCCGCUUGAUAAUAACAUGCUGCUAAUAUAUGAUAAGCCGCGCACGUCUGCAGACUGCUUUAUUAACGUAAGACUCGCCGGGCUAAAAAUCGUUAACGGAUCGCGAAAGGUUCACGAUCGUCCCGGAAAAGUGAUAGAAAAUACAUGCGUCGUCGUAGAGUAACUUAGAUAAAAUCUCUAUUUGGCCUCGAAAAGUGUUGCAUUUUAAUUUCAUGAGUGUGUUAUAAGAACCAGCUAAUAUGACUGGAAUAUAUCACUUGGGAUUAUACUUACUAUUAUUGGAUAGUUGCAUUGGCAAUUAUGUCAGAUGGAAUAUGCAAUUGCUAUGCUCAGAUGUAUUAUAUCCUCGAGAAUUUACGAGUUAUUUACCUCGUGGCAAUCUGACUGGUGGAAUUUACACACAACAACCUCACUUGUCCAACAUACAGGACUGUGUUAUGGGCUGUUGCAAGAAACAACUGUGUAAUGUAGCAUUUAUGCACAAUAGUACAUGUUAUCAUGUAGAAUGCAAAAAUUCCAUGAUGUGUGUGCCAUUGUAUAGACCAGAAUUAGCAAAUGACAAUCCACCGAGCAUGGUAUUGGUUAGACCUGUAGAGAAUAACAAAAUGUGGAGUGACUUCUUAGAUCAAGUUAAUGAUGACACUGUUGGGACACUGAGUACAGAUGGCAUAGAACAGGAUCAAGUGUUAUUUAAUGAGAUGAACAAAAUCAAUUGUAUAGAUCAAUCAGGUUGUCUAGAUAAUGAAAUUUGUGUGAAGCAUGGAGAGAGUGAUGUUGGAACUUGUCAAUGUCCUUUAGGCUUCAAACGAAAUAUUGCUGGUACUUGUAUAAUGCAUGAACUAGACACUGCUGAAUUUGUAACACCACAAGCAAAGGCUCAAACUAUAAAAGACACUAGUACUUCGAUUAAACCAACUAUGAAACAAUUGUUAGUCUCAGCAGUUUCUAAGGAAGUGAGAUUACCAGAAAAUGAAGUUACACUAUCAGCAUAUACAGUUCCUGCUGAACGGGGCAACCAACAUUACAAUUACGCUUGGAGUUUGCUUAGUCAACCAGAAGGACACACUGGAACAAUGACAGAUCAGAAUCGUGUUACUGUUAAAUUAAGUAAUUUGUCGGAAGGCUUAUAUACAUUUAAAGUAGCUGUAAGCAGUCCAAAUGCUUAUGGUGAAGCUUACGCCAAUGUCAGUGUUUUACCUCCAAAACGCAUUAAUCAAGCUCCAAUUGCCAUAAUUACUCCUGCUUCGCAAAUUGUGAAACUACCGAAUACAGGCGCGGUCUUAGAUGGUUCGAAUAGUAAAGAUGAUGAUCGUGUCAUCGCUUUUCAUUGGGAAUUGCAACAAGGCCCGAUUGGAUAUCAGCCCAACCUUGUAGAUACACCCACACUUCAACUUAAUAAUCUUAUUGCUGGCAAUUACACAUUUAAAUUAACAGUCGAGGACUCAGAUCACGUUACAAAUUCGACAAGUGCCAAUAUAACUGUUUUGAAAGUGACCGACUAUCCUCCCAGUGCAAAUGCAGGACAAGAUGUUAUUAUUUAUCUACCUCAAAAUACAUUGACGCUUAAUGGUAACUUAAGUACCGACGAUCGAGGAAUAGCUAGUUGGGAAUGGACGAAAAGUCCAUCCGAUCAGAAUAAAGCGGUGGAUAUGCAAAACACGAGAACACCUUAUUUACAAUUAUCAAAUUUGGAGGAAGGAAUGUAUACAUUUGUACUUAAAGUAACGGACGACUCGGAACAAUCUUCCACGGCGGAAGUACACGUUUUCGUGAAACCUCCAACGAAUAAACCACCGAUAGCUGACGCAGGUGAUGAUAUAAGCAUAGCUUUGCCUACAACACGCGCUGUUUUAAAUGGUACAAGAAGUAAGGAUGAUAUAAAGAUUGCUUUAUAUCAUUGGGAGCAAAUAAGUGGACCUAACAAUGCGGAGUUUGCCUCAAUGAAUCAGUCUAUUACAAACAUUACAAAACUAACAAAGGGCGAUUACGUAUAAUUAACAGUUGUUGAUGAUAAUGGAAAUGCAGAUUCGGAUACAGUCAGUGUAAAGGUAACACAAAAUAAAAAUGCGCCUCCAAAAGCGAAUGCCGGUGGCGAUCAAGUUGUAACAGCGCCGAUAAGUGCAUUGAUCAUCAAUGGUUCACAAUCGAGUGAUGAUCUAAGAAUAGGACAAUGGCUGUGGACCAGAGAUCAAUCUAGUCUUGCGAUUGGUACUAUAAUUCAGGACACUGAUAAAUCACCAGUUUUAAUGUUAACGGAUGUAGUUCCUGGUCGUUACGUUUUUCGAUUAAAAGUAACAGAUGAUCAAGGUUUGAGCAGUGAAGAUACUGUAUCAGUAAUUGUAAAACCUGAUCCACAAUUAUUACAUUUGGUGGAAUUGACACUAAACAUUGGGGCUAGCAUGUUAACUGUUUCACAGAAAAAUUCAUUAGUUGUGAAACUACAGAUGUUACUGCGAGACGAGGCUUCGAUUGUCGUGCGAAAUUUGAGGACUGAACCUCAUACUGGAAAGGCUGUCUUAGUGUUUUAUGUAGAAAAGAAGGGAGGAAAGACAACAUUGCCAGGUCCAGAAGUAGUUAAAAGACUGAAAGAAAAAUUACUACAAGAUUCUGGUCUUUUACAGUUGUCAGUUGCUAACAUAGAUACUGCUGUAUGCCAAAACAAUUGUUCAGGUCAUGGUGUAUGUCAUCAAGAGACAAGACAAUGUCUAUGUGAAGCAUUUUGGAUGCAAAACUUGAUACAAAAGUAUUUCGGUAAUGGCGACUCUAAUUGUGAUUGGAGUAUCCUGUAUGUGAUAAUAGCAUUGCUAUCAUUAGUUGUAUGUUGGGUUGGACUUAUUUGGGGAUUUGUUUGCUUGUGCCAAAGAAUAUGUGCCGGUAGAAGACGUUCACUUCGGCCUAAGAAAAAACCAGCGCGUUAUUCUUUAUUACAACCAGAACCAGAAGACGACAGCAGCGCAUUUUCAACUUACAACAAGAUGGUAUUAUCAGAAUCCGACACCGAUUCUGACGACGUUUUAUUUGAACAUCAUAAGAGUAAAAGUGGUAGUCAUAUAAGAAAUGGGAAAUCUCGAAAUGGAUUUGUCAAAGUUGGUUCUCGAGUAAAGACAUGAGAAGUGCAAUGAUAACAGUGCAAAGAUAAAUAGCGCACAGUUGUGUGAAUUUGGCCAAACUUAAAAUACUAGUCAUGAAGAUGUAAAUUAUGACUUAUGUACCUUAUAAGAAUGAUACAAUUAAUUGCCUCUCCAAGAUUGAUAAGAAUGUUUUAAGAUGAUAGAUGGAAUUCAAGUAUAUUGUUUAUAGAUACGCGAGAAUAAUAUUCUUAAUCACGUUACUUAAUUCAUCUUAAGUAAUAAUCGAUUCUAUUCUGUAUUCUUAUACUACAUUCUAUUCUUGUAAUUAUCUUUAUUAUUGUGAUCCUAAAUAACGCUAAUGAUUGAUAACACGACGAUACAGGUCGCAUAUCGUCAAACUAUUGAGAGCUUGUCCAAGUAUUAUAUUAUGGCCUUAGAAAGUAUUUGAAUUUUUAAGUCGAUAUAUGUAGUAAGCACUCUAUUAUAUCUAUGUCAUUUAUAUGUACCGCUUACUCUUUAAUAUGUACAUUAUUGAUCUUAUUUUUACACUAUAUGGAUACUAAAUAAAAUUUACUAUCCAUACGUA